AUGAGAAAAGAAUUUAAACAUGAUUUCUGCAAUUUUACCAAUGAAAAAAAAAAUGAACUCCGAGAACAGAUAAAUACUAUAAUCGGUGAAAAUUUGACAUUUCUAUCUAUCUAUCUAUCUAUCUAUCUAUCUAUCUAUCUAUCUAUCUAUCUAUCGUUAUCUUUCUCUCUCUCUCUCUAUCUAUCUAGUCUAUUCACAUCUAUCGCUAUCUUUCUCUCUCUCUCUAUGUAUCUAGUCUAUUUAUAUCUAUCGCUAUCUUUCUCUCUCUCUAUCCAUCUAUCUAGUUUAUUCACAUAUAUCGCUAUCUCUCUCUCUCUCUCCCCCUCUCUCUCUCUCUCUAUCUAUCUAUCUGUCUGUCUAUUCACAUCUAUCGCUAUCUCUCUUUCUCUAUCCAUCUAUCUAGUUUAUUCACAUAUAUCGCUAUCUCUCUCUCUCUCUCUAUCUAUUCACAUCUAUCACUAUCUCUCUGUCUAUCUUCUAUUCACAUCUAUCGCUAUCUUUCUCUUUCUCUCUCUCCCUCUGUCUAUCACUCUAGCACCUUAA